AUGGGAGGAUUGAAGAGGAAGUCCAGUUCCAAAACCCUAGGUAAGGCAAAGCAGAGGAAAGGCCCUCACCUGCCCAGCUCGAUACUCAAGGCCAUUAAUGAGAAGCGUCCCUUGAACUCUGACGAAGAAGACGAUGAGCUCGAUUCCGAUGAUGAAAACGGCGGCGAUGUGUACGAGUACGAAGAUGGUGUCCCUGAAGAGGAAUCCAGGAGAAACAACCGCUACGACCGCGUCGAUAACUACGAAUACGAGCUUCCCGAGGAUUUCAAGGUUUUUUUUCAACACACACGGAUGCUGCAAGAUGUCAGUGGAUUGCCGGCUGAAGUCUUUAAAGGUGAGGGUAAGAGCGAACGUCGUAAACUCUACACUGAAGCUUAUCCAGAGUCUGAGUUCAACCCUACCCGUGAUGUUCUGGAGGGUAAAGACAGCGUCACAUUUGAGGAGCUUUUGGCGCCUCUUGAAGGAAAACCUGGGUAUAACGAACUACGCAAGUCUUUCUCCCGGAUGCGGAAAAAUACUCAAUCUGUUGUUCACGCUCCUCUGCCAAAGCCAGAACGCGAAAGACUGGAUCGGAAAUCGGUGAGAGGACAAGUUGACAAGGAGUUUGAUAAAUGGGUGCCUCUUGUGAAGAGGAAUAGGGAAGCACCGACUGUUUACUUUGACAAAGAUGUCAAUCUUGGAUACUCUACGGUUGGCGCAAUUGCAUCAGAGUUCAAACCCAGGACUAAGUUUGAGAUGAACAUGGCUUCCGUACUCGGUGGUAACGAGGUUUUGGAGGCUCACAGAAAUGAUGGAGUUUCUAUGGAAGACCACAUUAAGGACCAUAACCGCAUUGCCAAGACGCGGAGCCUGCUCUUUCGUCAUGAGAUAAAAUCUAAACGAAUGAAGAAAAUUAAGUCUAAAACUUAUCAUCGCCUUAAAAACAAAGACCUGAGAUUAGCAGGGGAAUCAUUAAUGGACCCAGAACUUGCUAAGGAAGAGGCUAUGAAGCAGGAGAUUAGACGAGUAGAGGAACGUAUGACGUUAAAGCACAAGAACACGAGUAAAUGGGCCAAACGCAUGCGAAGCCGUGGACUGGAUAUGAGAUACGAUGAAACUCGGGCAGCUCUAUCUGAACAACUUCAGAAACAUGCCGACUUGUCCAGAAAAGUGAACUCCAUGAAUGAUGGAAGCAGUAGUGAUGAGAGCGACGAUGAGGAAGAGCUGAAUGAUGCUUCAGAUCAGGACACUCCUGCUAAAUUGUUAGCAAAAGCAAAAGAGAAGACACUGAAAAUUGUGGAAGAUGAUGAAGUGCCCAAUUCUGGUCUUCUGUCAUUGCCUUUCAUGGCCCGUGCCAUGAAAAAGAAACAGGAGGAAGCUAAUGAAGAAGCUAAACGUUUAGUUGAGGAGUAUGAAGAGUGGGAGAAUCCUGAUGGAGCAGAAAACCCGAAAAACUCCGUUAAUGUUAUUGGUAGAAGAUCUUUUGGCGAAACCGCUAUAGUUGAAGCGCCAAAAGAGUCUAAAAAGGAAGCAAAUAACUUCUAUGACAACAGUGACAGUGACAAUGAUAUGGAUGGCAUAGAAGAUAAUGACGUAGUGGCUGUAAGAGAUAAUGCUUCACCUGCUAGAAACACUGGAACCAUUACAGAAACCGAGAUUGAUGAUGUUGCUGGAAAUUCAGCACCUAAGACAACAUUUGAUGUUGCCUUAUUUGCAUCAGGCUCCUGGAAAAAGAUGACAGGCUGCAAAAACGCGGAAUCCAAAAAAGCUUCAAAGACCCAUGUCCCCAUUUCGCAGGCUCAAGAUAAAAAGGAAUCGAGAGAUGAAGAAAGCGAAGAUUCAGAGAGCGAAGCAGAGCAAAUGGUGGACGGGAUUUUGACAUCUGCUUCAAAGGAAACCUUUGAAAUUCCUUCUCAGGCAGAGCUUAUAAACCGUGCUUUUGCUGGUGAUGAUGUUGUGGAUGAAUUUGAGAAAGAGAAGCAAAAGGUUCUAAAUGAGGAAGUUCCUGAACCGGAAAAACCGGUUCAAGUUCCAGGUUGGGGACAGUGGACCAAUAUCCAAAACAAGAGAGGUUUACCUUCAUGGAUGGUUAGAGAACACGAAGAUGCCAAGAAAAAGAGAGAGCAAGCUCUCAAAACAAGGAAAGACGCUCGUCUCAAACAUGUUAUCAUAUCAGAGAAGGUUCAUAAAAAGGCUGAGAAACUCCAUACAACGACUCUACCUUUCCCUUUUACAUCGAAAGAAGCUUUCGAAAAUAGUAUGCGUAUGCCUAUAGGACCCGAGUUUAAUCCCUCGACUGUUGUUGGAGAUCUAAACCGACCUGAGGUUGUGAAGAAGACCGGGGUCAUAAUUAAACCGGUCAAAUUCGAGGAAGUGAAUCCAAACGACAAAGCAGAUGAUGAACACCCUCGAAGCCAUCAGAAACAAAGACCCAAAAAGAGUAAAAAGGUAGGCAGAGGUCAAAGCAAAGUCAAGUCCAAGUAA